GCUUGGACAGCGAAUUCGAUGAGCCAUGCAACGAGACAAGAAGUGUUCUACUUUGAAGAGAUCGUCGACAAUGACAAGGACACAAAGACUACCGAGGAGACAUACACGUUGUCGGAAUGCCACGUGCUCAAUGACACUAGCGACCUGCCAUCCAAGCGUGGCGGGGCGACCUUGACCGCGGUACUUGCCGCGCAAGGCAACACGUUGUUGUACUUGAUCGGUGGUGCAAACCGUGCUGCGGAAACCUUUGGCGACGUGCAUGUCUUUGACUGGGAUGCAAAAAGAUGGACGCAAGCUAAACCGUCUAUCGGUAGCACGACGUUCACACCUCGCAGUGGACACACUGCUGUGGCGAGGGGCUCCCGCAUCUACGUGUUUGGCGGCGCCAACCUCCGCGUCGGCGCAGUGUUCAACGACCUACAUGUUCUGGACACAGAUACAAUGACGUGGUCGCAGCCCGAGGUCGGCGGGGACGUGCCGCCUGCGCGCAACUCGCAUGUGGCGGUGGCCACGGACAAAGGCAUGGUCGUCAUCGGCGGGUCGUCUCCUCAAGUAGGCGCCAUGAACGACGUGUAUCUCCUUGCAUGGGACGACGACAUGAGUUGGCGCCGCAUCCGUCCAUCCUCGUCAACGGUCAUGUCCAAGCGGGAACUGCAUGCAGCCUGCGCAAUCCACGACCGCAUCCUUGUCGUGGGCGGUCGAUCCUCGUCUGGCAUCCUCUGUGACGACGUCUGCGAGCUCCACACAGACUCAUGGACAUGGACGAUUACGCCGCUUACAUCGUGGCAUCGAUGUGCGCAUGCCGCGGGGGUGCUAGGCGGCACCCACUGGGUGCAUUUUGGCGGAUGGGGCGGCGGCCACGACUUCCUCAGCGACUGCUGGCAACUGCCUGUCCGGCCCGCCGCUUGCCACGACAAUGUAGGAAUCGCAGGACCACCCACCAGCCCAACUACUCUAAAUGCGAUCGAGCCCUGUCAAACUAGUAUGCAUCCCGUGCCUCUGCAAGUCGUACAUCGCCACUCGCCACCGCCGCCGCCACUCGAAGAAACCCCCCACAUUGUCGACGUGGCACUUGUCGGCUCCGAAGAGGCGGGUCUCGUCGGUCGAUUUGCGCACUGCGCAUGCGUUGUGGAGGACGCAAGCUUGGUCAUGUUUGGCGGCAUGACCACCGACGCCGACCUCCACGACCUCUGGGUCCUCACUCGUCUGCCCGCCAACACCACGUAACCAGCCACCCAGCCAGGUUUAGUUCAAUAUGUACUCGAGAAAUACAAUACCAGAUAUAUACUAUUAUAUCUUUUCGACAUCUAGAAGCUCCUUGAACAGGUCGUAUGUGGUCAAACUGAUGCCUGUCAAGAACGGUCCCUAUGGUGACAAUUCAUGUGAGUGAAGUAAAUUUCGAUAGAUGAGCCCUCACACGCAUCCACGUGACGGUUGCCCCCUUGUAAAACCCGCGGAGCCCUUCCUGGUCGAGGAUAAUCUUGCAUGUCGUGCGCAUGUUGAUGUACUUGCGCGCGUCCGUGGCGCCGGUCACGUACCCGUCUGUUUGGAUGCGCCUUCGUACAGUGUCCAGAGGAUACGUGACUAGGCCAAAUAGGCAAUAAAUAAAAUACAGCA